AUAUACCCACUUCAAUGAUGUUUAUUAAAUCAGAAAAUGAAUUAAAAGAAAAUAUCAACAAUGUAUUCCAACAAAAUGAAAAUGCACUACUCAUCGAAAUUACAAAUGAAAAUAUCCUUAAACAAAAAAAUAAACAAAUCAGAAAUGUUUCAAAAACAGUUGACCGAGUAAAUUGUAAAACUUUCAAGCUGCAACGUAAAGAAUCGAUGUUUAAAGGAAAGAAGAAUUUUGGCAGAUUUAGAGACAAAAGAUUUUUAAAUAAAUUGGAUUCAAUUAAUCCAUU